UCAGCCCAAACCUAAAACUCAAAACGUUUGACAAAAACCCCUAAAUUCACUGUUAAUACUGUAUUUCUUCUCCUUCACCGAUCGGAACAUCGUCCGCCGGAGAUUCCUUAUUUCUGUCAGUUGGACGAUUAAUUCGAACAAUGAGUGGAUCAGGAGACAAAACUUCGAACACCAAGACUCCAGCUGAUUUUCUCAAAUCAAUACGUGGCCGACCAGUUGUAGUCAAAUUGAACUCUGGUGUCGACUAUAGAGGUAUUCUUGCAUGUCUGGAUGGAUACAUGAAUAUUGCCAUGGAACAAACAGAGGAGUAUGUUAAUGGCCAGUUGAAGAACAAAUAUGGGGAUGCCUUUAUUCGAGGAAACAAUGUUCUGUAUAUCAGCACAUCGAAGGGAACCUCUGCAGAAGGAGCUUAGCAAUGUGAUCUAACAGGAAUGUGUUGUAUUAUAUUCAUGUCUCAUCGGGGGGAAAAAACAAAACAUGUGUAGCUUAUCUUAGUAUCAGUAAUAUGUACACGCAACCAUAAUGCUGGUUUUUUAUUGAUGUUAUUGUGGUUGAAUUUGCUUGCUAGUUUCGAAACAAAAAAAUGACACCUGUUUUUGAAUCUUGGACUUCCUCGGACCGAUGUAACAACGUGAUUAGAGAUCCUUGCCUUUUCUCUUUGAAUCGAAUUCUCAAAUUUUCCUGGAUUGUUAA